AUGUCCACCGGAGACGACGUCGACCCCCGCACCGGCUACUGCGCCACCACCAGCUCCUUCCGCAGCCUCCGCCCGCCGCCGCCCAUGCUGCCGCCGCCGGACGUCCCGCUCACGUUCCCCGCCUUCGCGCUCUCCCUCCUUCCCUCCCCGCUCCCGGCGCACCCGGCGCUCCUAGACGCCGCCACCGGCGAGGCCGUCUCCUACCCCGCCUUCCUCUCCCAGGCGCGCGCGCUCGUCGGCGCCCUGCGCUCGCGCGAGCUACUACCCCCGCUCGGCCGCGGCGACGUGGCCUUCGUCCUCGCCCCCGCGCGCCUCGACGUGCCCGUCCUCUACUUCGCGCUCCUCGCCGCCGGCGUCGUCGUGGCGCCGGCCAACCCGGCCCACACCGCCGCCGAGGUGGCCCGCCUCGUCGCCCUCUCCGGCGCCUCCGUCGCCUUCGCCGUCUCCGCCACCUCCCACAAGCUCCCCGCCGCCCUCCCCGUCGUCCUCCUCGACUCCCCGCGCUUCCGCUCCCUCCUCGACGACCGAUCAUCGGGGGAGCCGCUCCUCGACGCGGGGCCGGCGGUGCGGCAGUCGGAGACGGCGGCGAUCCAGUUCUCCUCGGGCACGACGGGGCGGGUGAAGGCGGCGGCGCUGCCGCACCGGUGCUUCAUCGCGAUGGUCGCGGGGUACCACGCGCAGCACGUUCAGUCAGGGAAGGCCCGCGAGACGACGCUGAUGGGCGCGCCCAUGUUCCACUCCAUGGGGUUCUGCUUCGCGCUCAAGGGGCUGGCGCUGGGUUUCACCUCGGUGCUGGUGACGGAGGCGGUGGCGCGGGCGGGGCUAAAGGGGAUCCUAGACGCGGCGGAGCGGUGGCGGGUCACGGAGAUGCUGGCGGCGCCGCCCGUGGUGUCGGGGAUGGCGAGGCUCAGCUGCUGCCACCUGGCGAGCCUGGGGCGGGUGAUCUGCGGCGGCGCGCCCCUGCCGGGAUCGGUGGCGGAGCGGUUCCGGCGGCAGCUCCCGCACGUGGACCUGUGCAUGGGUUAUGGCUCAACAGAGGGUGGGGGCAUAUCAAUUAUGGUCCACCGGGACGAAUGCUCCCACGUAGGCUCCGCCGGACGGAUUUCCAGUAACGUGGAGGUGAAGAUCGUCGACAUCGUCACCGGCGAGCCCUUGUCGGUUGGGCAGAAAGGGGAGCUGCGCUUGAGAGGCCCUUCCAUCAUGACAGGUUAUGUCGGCGACGACGAGGCGAACGCGGCCGCCUUCGAUUCGGAUGGCUGGCUGAAGACCGGUGACCUUUGCUACAUAGACCAGGAUGGGUUUGUGUUCGUGGUAGAUAGGCUGAAGGAGCUGAUCAAGUACAAGGCCUAUCAGGUUCCGCCUGCAGAGCUGGAGCUUGUCCUGCAAUCGCUGCCAGAGAUUGUCGAUGCUGCAGUUAUGCCGUAUCCUCACGAAGAGGCGGGGCAGAUACCGAUGGCGCUGGUGGUAAGGCAACCGGGAAGCAAGGUCACGGAGGCACAGGUCAUGGAGCACGUCGCGAAGCAGGUGGCGCCGUACAAGAAGAUCCGCAAGGUGGUCUUCGUCGACUCCAUUCCCAAAUCGCCGGCCGGGAAGAUCUUGAGAAGGCAGCUAACAAGCUAUCUGCAGUCGUGUCCCGCGGCCAGACUGUGA